UAAUAUUUUUGUAGAAUGUUACUUUAUGAUAUUUGUGCUUACAUUGGUAUUGAACUAGAUUUUGAUUUUCCUUUCAGCCACAACCACCAAACUACAACAUUUAAACAUCCAGUGACUGGUCAAUUUUCCCCAGAAAACGUGGAGUUUAUUUUACAAGAGGAGCAUAAUUCACAUAUGUCCAAGCAUCAGAUAAACCAAAGACCUUCAAGUAUGGUCAGUGAAACAUCUACUGCAGUAACUACAUCCACUACAGAUGCAAAACAUGGAUCCAAGUUGAUAAAAUCUGGCAAUAAAGUUCAUAGCUUUGGGAAAAGGGAUCAGGCUAUAAGGAGGAAUCCUAAUGUCCCUGUUGUGGUAAGAGGCUGGCUUCAUAAGCAAGAUAGCUCUGGAAUGAGAUUGUGGAAAAGAAGAUGGUUUGUUCUAGCAGAUUACUGUUUAUUUUAUUACAAAGGUUAGUGAAUAUAAAUCUUUGCUUAGAAAU